AUGGGCCAGAUCAGCAGCGCCCCCGUGGAGCUCAUCCGCGUCCAGCGCGGGGGCGGCGCGUCGUGGCGCGGCGCCGUCGCGGAGAUGCAGGGCUGGCGCGCGGACCACGAGGACGCGCACUUCAUGCGGAACGGCGGCGGCAAUGCCUACGACCUCUUCGGCGUGCUCGACGGCCACGGCGGGUCCGAGGCCGCGCGCCUCGCCGCGCACCAGAAGCUCCCGGAGCUCCUCCGGGCCGCGUGCGGCGGAGCAUCAAAAGCCUUCGGCGAGCUCGAGAAGCGCGUCGCGGCGGCCUUCGUCGAGACGGACGCGUGGCUGCGCGCGCGGCCCGAGGUGCUGCGGGACCAGUCCGGGUCGACGUGCGUCGUCGGCGGCGUGAGAAAACUCGGGGAAAAUUCUUACGGCGCGUUCCUCGCGAACGCGGGCGACUCGCGGGGCCUCGUCGUGCGGCGUUCCGCCCGCGCGGCGGCGGCGGCGUCCGACGACCACAAGCCCGACCGCGACGACGAGAUGCGGCGCAUCGCGGACGCGGGCGGCUUCGUCUCCGACGCCGACGCGGCGCGCUCCGGCGCGCAGCACGUCGUCGCGCGCCUCGACGGCAACCUGGCCGUGUCGCGGGGUUUGGGCGACUUCGCGUACAAGAAGGACCCGCGGCUCGGGCCGGGGCAGCAGAAGGUGUCGUGCGUGCCCGAGUGCUACGACGUCGGCCUCGGCGGGUCCUCCGAGCCGCUCGCGGCCGGCGACCUGCUCAUCCUCGCGUGCGACGGCAUCUUCGACGUCAUGUCCAACGAGCAGCUCGUCGCGGCCGUCGUCGACGCUUUGGACGCGGGCGCGGACGUCGGCGACGUCUGCGCGCGCGUCGUGGGCUCGUGCCUC